AUACGAAGAACAGUGUGGGUCUGGUGGGAUGCAUAGAGGAGAUCGCCCACAACGCCAUUGUCGUCUACUGGAACCCACUGGAGGCUGGAGCGAAGAUUAACGUGGCCAUACAGUGCCUGAGUACAGACUUCAGCAGCCAAAAGGGAGUCAAGGGCUUGCCUCUACACAUCCAGGUGGACACGUACGAGGAUCCCAGAGACGCCGCUACGCUCGUCCAUCGAGGCUACUGCCAGAUCAAGGUCUUUUGUGACAAGGGAGCAGAGAGAAAGACGAGGGACGAAGAGAGACGCGCCGCCAAGAGAAGAAUGGCAGCAACCACCAGGAAGAAGUACGAGGACCUCUACCACCCGCCCUGUGACCGCUCAGAGUUCUACUCCAUGAUGGACCUAACCAAACCCCCCGUGCUCUUCACGCCUGCCGAGGACCUGGAUAAGAUGCCUAUGGAGCUGCAGGGGUUCUACAGUCACGAUUCAGAUAAUGGUGGCUGCAGCGUCGGCGUGGCGGGGGCUGUAGGUCAGCACGGCUUCCCCUCAACCCCAGGACGCUGCAUGUCCCCUCCGCACAGCCUCGACCCCCCACCACCACCUCCACCUCUUCCCCCGCCUCCUCCACCUUCCUCCACCAUCCUCUCCACCACAACAACUAUCACCCAGUUAGCGCCUCUACAGGUCCCCCCGCCCACCGCCGUCUCGCCAAAAGCCAACAGCAGUAGCUACAAGUUCCACUACAGCUUCCCACAACCCUAUGGUGAUGCCCCCAGGAAGGAGCUGUGCGGCGGCCUACCCAACGGGUCCAUGGACAGUCCCAUGACCGACGUGUUCUCCCAUGUGUCGAAGAGGUCCCGCCUCACGCCUCCCCUCACCGAGCGACUCAUGCUCUACGUCAGACAGGACGGCGAGGACGUCUACACGCCUCUCCAUCUGGUUCCUCCCAGCACCGUAGGCCUCCGCUCAGCGAUUGAGGAAAAGUACAAAAUCCCAACACAAACUAUCAAAAACAUAUACAGGAAAAAUAAAGUCGGCGUGAUGGCCAAGGUGGACGACGAAAUGUUGCGCCACUACUGCAACGAGGACCUGUUCCUGAUGGAGGUACAGCACCGAGACCCAGACAGCUACGACCUCACGCUCAUAGAGCUCACGGGGGUUGAGCACUGAGCGCCAGUCCAGCAUCAUCUUGGCCUGGAAGCUGGAUCAGAUACGGCAAUCACAGGCCAUCAUUAGUCAACGCAUUGUAUUCUCAUAAGGAGGGAGGCCGUGAGUUGGAGUGCCUGUACCGGCUGGUCGUUUUGGAGAGCCCACCAGUAGUUUGUGUUCCCUGGCGAUGCUUAUCUCAAAACACCCGCCUCGAAAGAUAAGUUUAGUCUGCCAUAAAUGUAAGUUCUGCAGAAAACGGCGCUAACCGGUGAAGAGAUGAGUGCGUGAGAAGGAAAAGAGAGCAUGGAGCGUCAUUGAUAAUGUCCAGGGUAAACUUUACCAAAUCAUUGCCCCCUGGUCAUACUCUCAGAACACAAGUUAAAGGAGCACACAGAAUGACAGCAAGCAAGUUGAUCUAGCUAUUUACAUUUAUACGGGAGACAUUAAGUGGUUGAAUUAGCAAAUGGAAUAUCAUUAUGUAAAGCUAAACGCCACAACUGUUGUUGUUGUUGUUAAAGAUUCGCUACUUGGAACAAAAUGUCCCAAGUAGCACGGGCUAUGGUGAGCCCGUAGUUUGAGGUGAUCUUGCUGUGAUUCAUUUUUAGACGCUCUUGGUAGAGGUUUGCAGAAUGUAUCUAAAUAUUAAGGCCUUGAAAUGAGCUGUGAAAAAUAACUGUACAAAAAAUAUCCAGAUUUUACAGGUUGUCACUGUUGAUAAGCCCUAAAAUGCAGUGAAUGUCCUCGGGCGAUCACAGCGCCUGGCGAACGUGGUCCACGGGAGAGCCAGCUCUCCCUCUCCCCUCCACUCGCCAGGCUGUCUAAUGCUCGCCACUGUGUUAGCCUUAAUAAAAUCAAAUGUAUUCUAAUCGAUGAGUAAGACAUAGCUAUAAUGCAGUUUACAGGGUAUCUAAUGCCUAUUUCAGUUAAGAAUGAAUGUUUUGUUCCCCAGACAUAUGAGAUUAUCUUCACAAAGAUAUUUAGUUGACCAUGUUAUACUCUUCAAAGUGUAAGCAUAUAUAUA